ACAGAAAAGACCGCCUUCAAGAACAAAAGAACUCCAUCUGGCGAUGAAGGAUAUUGGUCUAUUCAGUAAGAACAGAAAGGUUGCCGAGUCUGUGAAAGCCCAAGCAGAAUCUGAGCUAUAUAUCGCAAGGAUGAGGGCAAAGGAUCUCACUUCGCGAAUCGAGAAAUCAAACCUGAAGGCAAAAUCACAUAAAUACGAGCUUGAAAAGCUGCAGAAGAAUUGGAGUGGGAAAGCAGAUAAUCACCUAUAUGCACAAGUGAUGAAGGAAUUGAAGUUUGUCAAACAAGAAUUGAGUAAGCUUAAGCUUGAGAGGGAUUCGGUCCUAGAAGAAAAACUGCGGGCAGAGAAAGAAUUGGAAGCCUCUGUUUCUAGAUUGAAGUUUCAUUCAAGCACUGUGGAAACGCUAAGGAAAGAGAUUGAGGAAAUAAAUGAAGAGCAAGUGCUUGUUCAUUUGGCUAGGAUAGAAGCAGUUAAGGAACUUGGAGCAGUUGAAGCUCAAAGAGGAAUGGAGGCCUCUCAGUUCUCAGAGAAAUUGGAAAGAACCAGAAAUAGAAUCAAGGACAUAACCCAGGAACUAGGCAAUGCAGAGGAACUGGAGAGCAAACUAGCCGCUACGAUUUCAGAUGUUGAAGUCUUACAAAAUGAAUUGCAACUAGUUAAGACAAUGGAUCAAAGGGAUGAGAAGACUGAACAAUCAGGUGAUUUUGGAAUACAUGAGGGAAGGGAAGAGGAAUCACAAAUUUCAUUAUUGCAGUCAAUUACUGAAGAAUUGGAUACAGCAAAGAAAGAAUUAGCCCGUAUCAAAGAAGUAGGAUAUCAAUUAAUGGCCUCCAUGGAUAUAAUACGAGAUGAACUCAAGCAAGUGUCUGAAGAAAAUGCUCAGCUGAGGACUUUAGAAGAGAAAACAGUCUUGCUGGUUCAGAACCAAAAAUCUAAGCUCCUUGAGGGAAAAUCCAAGUUGGAAGAUGCAUAUAGAGCUGAAGAUAAGGCAAAAACAAUUGUUUUCAAUCUUUCAGAAACACUACAAAAGUUACAAACAGAAACAAAGGAUGCAAAUAAAGAGAGGGAACUUUUUAGUGAAGAAGCUGCAAGCAUCAGAACAGAAAUUCAAAAGACUGAGAGUGAUAGUGAAUUAGCAGAGGUCAUGUUACAAGCUGCUAUGAAGGAGCUUGAAGUGGUCAAAGCAUCAGAAGCUAUAGCUCUUGAGAGCUUAAAAACUUCUACUGAGAAAAUCAUGAAGGCAAGAGCUCUAGCAUCUCAACAUAACUCUUCAAUAACCAUCACAAAUUUUGAAUACCAGUACUUGACUAGCUGUGCCAAAGGUGCUAAAGAAAUUGCAGAUAAGAAGGUUGUUGCAGCUCAAGCAUGGAUUGAAGCACUAAGAGCCUCUGAGAAAGAGAUAUUGCUGAACACUGAAACAGCUAAGAGAGAGAUCAGAGAGCUAAGGCUGGUGGAAGAACAAGAGAUAUACAGAACAGAGAAGUCAAUGAAAAUGAAGAGAGACAUUGAGGAGGAGCCACAUAAUUGGGAACAACAUCAUGAGAAGAACCCAGAAGCUAAAAACAUGAAGCUUGAGAAAGCAUUGUCAAGAAAGUCCAUUAAAAACAAUGGCAGCUUGACACCGACAACUCGGGCACGAUUAAGAAGGCCUAGCUCUCCUGGAACCCCACUUUUAAACCGAUCCACUUCCAUUACCAUUAGGAAAAGGAGGCUGGUACUGCCUAACUUAGUCAAGUUUUUUGCCAGGAAGAAAACAAAAAAUCAUCUCUAAUCAUUGUCUAGUUUGCAGGAUUUGAGAUGAAAUAUAGAUUGACAUCUUUUCCUGUGAGUUAACCUUUUUCCCUUUUCAAGUUGAACUCUGUUCCUCAUUCUUCUUUUUUCAGUGAAUGGACAAUGCUGUUAAUCUGGU